CAAGAAGAUUUUCUAUAAUGUCUCAAUCUUCAACUGCAAUCCUCGGUACCUUUAAAGUACCUGAAAUACACAAUGAACCUAUGAGAAAUUAUCCUCCGGGUAGUGAGGAUCGUGCUAAACUUAAAGCUGCUUUACACGAGUUUAGAACUACUGCUCCGAUCGAAAUUCCUGUUUACGUGAAUGGCGAGGAAAUUCGCACUGGUCGAACCGUUGAACAAAGAAUUCCUUCAGAUCAUAAAACAGUUCUAGCUAAAUAUCAUGAGGCUGACUCAUCAAUUAUAGAAAAAGCUAUUAAAGGAGCUUUGGCUGUUAAACCUAUUUGGGAAACUUAUCCAUUUAGUGAUAGAACUGCCAUAUUUUUAAAGGCCGCUGAUUUGGCCGCUGGUAAAUAUAGAUAUAAACUUUUGGCUGCUACAAUGCUUGGACAGGGCAAGAAUCAACCACCAAAGAAUGCUCCUGGUGUUUGGAAUCGUGUAGAAUAUCGUCCAUUGGAAGGUUUUGUAUAUGCUAUCUCUCCAUUCAACUUUACUGCAAUUGGUGGUAAUCUUCCAUGUGCUCCUGCUUUAAUGGGAAAUGUUAUUCUUUGGAAACCUUCUCCAAAUGCUGCUCUUUCAAAUUGGGUUAUUAUGAACAUUUUGAGAGAAGCAGGUCUUCCUGAUGGUGUUAUUCAAUUUGUCCCGGGUCCUGCUCAAGAAAUCUCUGAUCAAAUUUUGAAAUCUCCUGACUUUGCUUCUUUGCAUUUUACUGGCUCUACUUUUGUUUUUAAAAAGUUAUGGAAAGAUAUUGGUAAUAAUAUCGAUAUCUACAAAUCAUAUCCUAGAAUUGUUGGUGAAACUGGUGGUAAAAAUUUCCACGUGAUUCAUAAAUCCGCUAAUGUUAAAAAUGCCGUAUAUCAAACUAUUCGAGGUGCUUUUGAAUAUCAAGGUCAAAAAUGUUCUGCUUGUUCACGUGCUUACGUUCCAGAUUCUAUAUGGGAUAGUUUUCGUGAAAACUUGCUAAGUGAACUUUCAAAGAUUAAUGUUGGUUCUGUGGAAGAAUUCGGCAACUUUGUUGGUCCAGUCAUACAUGCUGCAUCAUUUGAGAAAAUUAAAAGUUAUAUUGAUUGGGCAGAAAAUGAUGCAGAUAGUCAAAUUAUCGCUGGUGGAACUUAUGAUGACUCAACUGGUUAUUUUGUGAAUCCUACUGUGAUUGUCACAAAAAAUCCAAAAAGCAAAACUAUGUACGAAUACGAGCAAAUACUCGAUUUAGCUAAUGAGACAUCUCCUUAUGCUUUAACUGGAUCAAUCUUUGCCAAUGAUCGUUCUGCUGUUAUACUUGGCGAAAGCAAAUUGAGACAUGCAUCCGGUAACUUUUACAUUAAUGACAAAUCUACUGGUGCUAUUGUCGGUCAACAACCGUUCGGUGGUUCACGUGCUUCGGGUACUAAUGAUAAAGCUGGAAGUCCUGCCUUAGUAAUUAUUUUUUAA